UGCUAUAAGACUGUAGUUCACUGCUUCUGAAAUUGAAUUUUCCAAUCUGAGUUUAGUUGUUAUACUUCUAAUUCUCUCUACCACAAAGAUUUGAGAGCAAAUUAACUAUCAUGAUCAAAAUUGGUCCAGCAGGGGGAAUAAGCACUGGGAAGGCUUGGGAUGAAGGGGGCCGGGAUGGAAUCACACAGAUUUUUGUUUCACAGGGAGACUUUAUCAAUUCUCUCCAGUUCCAAUUUGUUGAGAAUGGAACCUUGGUUCUAUCAGAGAAACAUGGUGGCCGCGGUGGCCCUGAUGAGGCCAAGUUAAGCGUGCUAAGGCUUAAUUAUCCAUCAGAGUUUCUCACUGGCAUAAAUGGAUACCAUAGCUCGGGGCGAAUUGUGUCACUAACAUUCAUUACCAACAAGGGGAUAUACAGACAAUCUGGAAGGCUUGCUGGAAGGCUUAAUCAUUAUGAUUCUUCCUUUGAAUACAAACUUGGAGAAGACAACACAUUUGGGGGAUUUCAUGGCACUGCUGACGUAUAUCUAAACUCAAUUGGGGUUUACAUGAAGCCCAUGACGACUCUGAGCAAUGUUAAAAAUCCUGACUUGCAUGUCAAAAAUGAAAAGAUUUAGCCAUUUGCCUUCGCAGCAUGCAUGUUUCGGGGUUGUUUAGUUUUACCAGGAGACAAAUCGGUAAGCACGGUAU